AAAAGAGUGGGGAAAAUAGAAAGUGACAAACCCUAAAUUUUCCCUUAUUGAUCCCAACCAGAAUUUUCUAUUUCUUUAUUUUAUUACAAUUAAUUCACACUUAUCUUCUUCAUAUAAAUUAUAUAUAUUUACAGAAGAAGCUAUCAGAUAUAUAUAUAUAUAUAUAUAUAUUACUCCGUGUGGCUGGCUUAAAAGACUUACCCAGAGAGACACGAUCUUUUCUUCUCGAUCGUAUCCAUGGCUUCAGAGCAAGUUGCUGAUAAGUCUUCAGUAAUCAUACCACUUCUGGCUGAUCAGAAUGCUCUGAACCACCAUGUGACGGUGGCGGAGAAAGGUGGCGAUGAUCUUCACAGCCUUCAAGUGGGAAACACGUCCUUUUUCAAGACUUGUUUUCAUGGGAUCAAUGCUAUCUCAGGAAUUGGAAUCGUAUCUAUCCCUUAUGCACUAGCAUCAGGAGGCUGGUUAAGCAUAUCAUUGUUGUUUCUCAUAGCCAUUUCAUGCUAUUACACUGGCUUGUUGGUUCAAAGAUGCAUGGACAUGGACUCAGACAUCAAGACCUUCCCGGACAUCGGAGACCGCGCCUUUGGCCGGAAAGGACGGCUAAUGGUCUCCAUUGCCAUGAACUCAGAGCUCUACCUUGUGGUCACAGGCUACUUGAUCUUGGAAGGAGACAAUCUCAACAAGCUAAUCCCAAAUAUCAAUCUUCACAUUGCAGGCUUAACUAUCGGUGGAACCACUCUUUUUGCAAUUGUUGCAGCUCUUGUUAUUUUGCCUACUGUUUGGUUGCAGGAUUUGAGCCUUCUCUCUUAUGUCUCGGCGAGCGGCGCCCUGGCUUCCACCGUCUUCCUCGUCUCUCUACUUUGGAACGCCACCAUUGAUGGAACCGGAUUCCAUGGAAAAGGAACUACCAUUUUCAAAUGGAGUGGAAUUCCUGCUGCUGUAAGCUUGUAUGCCUUUUGUUACAGUGCACAUCCAGUCUUGCCAACCCUCUACAAUUCCAUGAGAAACAAAAGUCAAUUUUCCAAUGUAUUGCUUGUAUGUUUUUCAAUUUGCACUCUUGGAUAUGCAGCAGCAGCUAUUUUGGGCUACUUAAUGUUUGGGCAAGACGUUGAGUCUCAGGUGACUCUAAACCUUCCCACAGGAAAAUUCAGCUCACAAGUGGCAAUCUACACAACCUUAGUGAAUCCAAUAGCCAAAUAUGCACUAAUGCUCACACCAAUUGUGAACGCUGUGAAGAAAAUAGUUUCAUGUCACUACAACAACAAAAGGCUCACUCAUUUAAUUGUGAGUACUUCACUGCUCAUCAGUACUGUCAUUGUGGCUGUGGCUAUUCCUCUGUUUGGCUAUCUCAUGUCUCUUGUAGGAGCAUUGCUCAGUGUUUCUGCUUCCAUUUUAGUUCCUUCUGUGUGUUACUUGAAGAUCUCAGGAGCUUACAAGAGAUUUGGGUCUGAAAUGAUCAUCAACUAUGGAAUUGUGCUUAUGGGUUUGGCUAUUGCUGCUGUAGGAACUUACACAUCUCUAGUAGAUAUUGUUCAUAAUUUGUAAAAUCUGUAUAAAAGCUGUCUAUUUUGACAGUUUUUUUAAGAGUAUGGUUUGAUUUUUAUUUCAGCUUGUAUUUUUGGGUGCGUGUGACCUUGUUAGUGUUUAAAUAUAUGCACUUACUAGUGUGGUUCACAAUGUUCUAUGUGCUCUGUUUGGAUAAGAAGAAUGGUUAGAAUUGCAAGCUUCAAUCGGAAAAUUUUGGUUUGCAUUA